GCUUAUUAAAUAGCACUUCAAAUGUCUAUGUCUACAGCUCAAGAUAAGCAGGAUUUACAACUGCCUGGACUGCCAUGUGGUCUACCACAACACUUGAAAGCGGACAUCAUAGAGGAGUGAUAGUGAUAAAAGGGACCGAUUUAAGACCGCGAACUGUCCGUGAAAAUACGCAAACUGCGGCCAGCAUCACUAGCUUUGCUAUGUCAGGACUGCGUCUAAUUUCUAUUUUCCUUGUCCUGUUAGCAGGCUUUGAACUGCAAAAGGCUGAGGGAACCGCGUACAGUGACAAAGUUCUUAUGAACUCUUCAAUGUAUAACUAUAAUAUGCAAUCUCAUUCAGGACCACCAAUGUGGAAGGAUCAGUGUUACGGUGAACGGCAAUCACCAAUUAAUUUGGAUGACGUGGAGAGUAUUCCUACGGAAUUUCCGCUACUCGAGUGGACUGGCCACUGGAAUGAGCGAGAGGAAGGAUUCAUCUUGAGAAACACGUGGCAUUCUGCUGAAAUCGCUUACACUGGAGAAGCACCUUUCAUCAGAGGAGGUCCCUUGACUUCAGAAUAUGUCUUGGCUCAAGUUCACUUUCACUGGGGAAAUUCCCCGCGGGAGGGAAGCGAACAUUCACUGGACACCCAUUUUUAUGGAAUGGAGGCGCAUUUGGUGCACUACAACACGGAGUUUGGCUCAGUUGAGGCAGCGGCCGGUCAUUUGGAUGGUCUCGCGGUGGUCGGAAUUUUCUUCAAAAGCUCGAGAGGAAACAACCAAGAGUUGAAUGGAAUCGUGACGGAGCUGGAAAAAAUAAUUGAAGGGGACAGCUCGACCCGAAUCGAUGGAGAUGCAAUGGAGUGGCUGGAGGCCUACGCGGACUUGCAAAACUACUAUACGUAUUCCGGGUCACUCACUACGCCGCCAUGCAGUGAGAUUGUCACUUGGAUUGUAAUGAAAGACCCCGUCUUAAUUGGUGAACGCCAGAUUGAGGAAUUCAAAAAGCUAAAAGGUCACGAAGGAAACAUCACUUCAAAUGUUCGGCCUGUGCAGGAGCUCAAGGGCCGUCAAGUGUUCCACUCGAACUAUGGAUUUUCUCGAAAUUCUGCUUCUAUUAGAUUUGCACCGUCUUUGAGUGGCCUUAUCGGAAUGUAUCUAUUGUUUGUUCUCCUCUUCACACAAGGCAAAUAGAAAUAUUAUCUAUCAUAUGAUAAAAUGUAAGCAAUUGA